AUGAUUAAACCGAUGCCAACCGAAUGUCUCCAAGAAAUAUUUGAGCACUUGCAAGACGACGAGUGUUCAUUAUUCACUGUUCUUCAAGUAAACCGUUUCUGGUGUAAGAACGUUGUACCCAUACUCUGGAGAAAUCCUUUUGAGCUUUGCUCGAAAAGAGGUGGUUCGCCUAAACUUGUAGAAACCUUGAUUUCCUGUAUGGACAUCGAAGCAAGAAAUCGGCUGAAACGUGAUUGUAAACCUUUAAAAAAGAAACUUUCGCGAUCUCCACCGAGUUUCAACUACUCCUCUUAUUUGAGAAAGUUAACUACCAGCGAUCUUUGGGAAGCAGUUUUACUAUGGGUCAGCUAUAAAAAAAGUUGCGAUACCAUUCGACCGCCCACGAGAACAAUAUCGCCAGAUCUGAAAAUGAUCGCUGGUGUUAUAAAAGAAUUAGGAUUGCUGUUCAAUAAAAAUUGUCCAAAUUUUGAUCAAUUAAAGUUCAAUGCGGAUCAUGAUGAAUUGAUUGGAUUUUAUCUUUUAUAUUGCUUACCACAUAUUCGCGAAUUCAAUUAUUCUGGUUGGGGUAAUAAAGAAAGAAAUUUUGAUGCCGCUUCGAGAUCGCGUAACUGUAGAAACCUGAAAAAGCUGGUGGUCGAAAAAAUUUCUACUGAAUCGAAGCAAACUGUUCGUGGACUUAGAUAUGGCGGAAACGCUAGAUUUGAUUACAACGAGAGGUAUAAGCGUCGUCACUUUAGCUCAUUAUUUAAUGAUGUUGUAUCUUCGUACGCAAAUUUUAUUGAUGAUGGAUCAGAGAGUGAUCUGAUCAACGGUACUUUAGAUCCAUUUAGUAUUGGCGUGGAAAAACCAAAAUCCGAGCGAGAAUUAUUGUUAAACUUAAUCAGUGUUCAACGCAGAUUAGAGCUUUUUAAAAUAUCCUACAGCGACGUGAACAUAGAUUUCUUUUCAUCAAUUCAAACUCAAUCGAGAACGCUAUCCUGGUUAGAAUUUGACACGAUAUACUUUGAUAGUAGCAUAACCUUGGAAUCAUUUGGAUUCUAUGAAAAUUUGGAGACGCUCUUAAUUAAUGCAUGUUGUUGGGAGAAUUACAACGACCAGCCAUUACAAAAGCAAAACCACACACAAGAAUUUUACAAGACCCGAGGAUGCUCGCCGUCUACACCUUUUCGUAACCAAUGCAUGUUCCCGAAUCUCAAAAGGUUAAGCAUUCGUGGAACAAGAAUACCACAUAAGGAUAUUACAUCGAUAAUCAGGAAUUCCAGUAAAUCGCUGACUAGCAUUUGCUUGAAUUGCCAACAAGAUAUCGACCUUCCAGUGUUGUGUACGAUCAUUGAGCACUGCUCCAACAUUCAAGAAUUAGAAUUCUAUUUGGACCGGAAAGAUAUACUCGAAUGCUUCACGAUGUUGAGCAAUCUGAACAGCUUGAAAAUAUUACGCAUCUACGACGUUAAAGUUGAUAGAGGCAUCGGUAUGGCUGGAGACGGUAAUGCGUGGGAGACGUACAACGAUAAUACAGGGGACAGAUGUGACGAAAGUCACCUGGAACCAAGUAUAAAUUUGCCAAAGGUUGCAAAUUUCUUGCCAAGUUCCCUGCGUUGGCUAAGUUUCCCGAAAGCGUGGAUAUUCACGUUGAAAUCAUUGGACGAAUUCAUUAAAAAUUGCAAGGUGCCAUUGCAAAGAUUAGAACUUCGAUAUCGUAUACCCAAUGACGGUGUUGAGUUCGGUGGCAAGGGUUUGUAA